AUGGUUAAUUCAGAUAUACUAAAUUUAUUAUCAUUUGGUGUACUAUUGUAUUUUUGUUUUAAGAUAUUUAAUAUAUUAAAAAGAAUUUUAUAUCCAUAUGUCAUUGCAUCUCCAAUUGAUCUUAAAAAAGCUUCUGGAGGUGAUUGGGCUGUUGUAACAGGAUCAACUGAUGGUAUAGGAAAACAAUAUGCUAUUGAAUUAUCUAAAAAAAAUUUUAAUAUAAUUUUAAUAUCACGUAAUCAAUCAAAAUUAGAAGAUGUUAAAAACGAAAUACAUCAAAUAUCUCCAAAUGUUGAGAUAAAAACAAUUUCUUUUGAUUUUACAAAUACAUCAUAUAAUGAUUAUGAAAGUGUUAUUUUAAAAGAGUUAAAAAAUUAUGAAAUUGGUAUUUUUGUUAAUAAUGUUGGUAUGGCUUUUGAAAUUCCUGCUAUUAUUCAUGAAACUGAAGGUGGUUUAAAAAGAAUUAGUGAUAUAUUAAUUGUUAAUUCUUUACCAGUAACAAUAUUAACAGCUGAAAUUAUUCCACAAAUGUUAAAAAGAAACAAAGGAAUUAUUGUUAAUGUAGCUUCAUUUGUUGGUUAUUUAAGUCUUGCAGAAUGGAAUGUAUAUUCAGCAUCUAAAAGAUAUAUGAUACAUUUAACAAGAAUUCUUCAAAAAGAAUAUUAUGGUACAGGUAUUAUUUUUCAAUGUCUCUGCCCAUUAUUAAUUGUUACUAAAAUGUCAAAAGCAGAGAAAACAUCCAUUUUUUCACCAUAUCCAGAUGAGUAUGUAAAAAGUGCUAUAAAAACUAUUGGUCGUGCUGAAGAAACUUCUGGAUACCUACCACAUCAAUUACAGACUGAAGGAAUAAAUUUAUUACCAUCAAUAAUUAGUGAUUUCUUUACAAAAAGAGGAAAUGAUGAAAUAAAAAGUUACAUGAAAAAACAAAUUGUUGAGUAA